AUGCCCCAGAACCUUCGGGAGAAGAGCCAGGUGUACCCCCGACACCGAUCUGGUAGCAAAGCAGGCGCCAAAAACCUCAAAGCCAUCCCAGCAGCAACCAUGUACACUUUCCUGCCUGACAAUUUUUCACCUGCCAAGCCCAAGCCCUCCAAAGAUCUGAGGCCUCUGCUGGGCUCGGCGGUAUUGGGACUGAUGCUGGUGCUGGCCGCAGUUGUGGCCUGGUGCUACUACAGCGCCUCGCUGCGCAAAGCCGAACGCUUGCGCGCAGAGCUGCUGGACCUGAACCGUGGCGGCUUCUCCAUCCGGAACCAGAAAGGUGAGCAAGUCUUCCGCUUGGCCUUCCGUUCGGGUGCUCUGGACCUUGACUCCUGCAGCCGUGAGGGUUCCCUACUUGGCUGCUCCCGAACAGCCGAUGGGCGCCCGUUGCACUUCUUCAUCCAGACUGUGCGACCCAAGGACACUGUCAUGUGCUACCGCGUGCGCUGGGAGGAAACUGCACCCGGGCGUGCCGUGGAGCACGCCAUGUUUCUGGGAGAUGCUGCGGCGCACUGGUAUGGCGGCGCAGAGAUGAGGACGCAACACUGGCCUAUCCGCCUGGAUGGCCAGCAGGAGCCGCAGCCAUUUGUCACGAGCGACGUCUACUCUUCUGAUGCGGCAUUCGGGGGCAUCCUCGAGCGCUACUGGCUCUCUUCACGCGCGGCCGCCAUCAAAGUCAAUGAUUCAGUGCCCUUCCACCUGGGCUGGAACAGCACUGAGCGUUCUAUGCGGCUGCAGGCUCGCUACCACGACACAUCUUACAAGCCACCUGCUGGCGGAACCGCAGCGCCGGAACUCAGCUAUCGCGUGUGCGUGGGCUCAGAUGUUACCUCCAUCCACAAGUACAUGGUUCGGCGUUACUUCAACAAGCCAUCCAGGGUACCAGCAUCAGAGGCCUUCAGAGACCCCAUUUGGUCCACGUGGGCGCUCUAUGGGCGCGCCGUGGACCAGAACAAGGUGCUGCAGUUCGCCCAGCAGAUCCGCCAGCACCGCUUCAACAGCAGCCACCUGGAAAUCGACGACAUGUACACACCUGCCUAUGGCGACUUCGAUUUCGACGAGGGCAAGUUCCCCAAUGCCACUGACAUGUUCCGCAGCCUGCGAGAGGCUGGCUUCCGCGUCACACUCUGGGUGCAUCCGUUUGUCAACUACAACUCGUCGCGCUUCGGCGAGGGCGUGGAGCGUGAGCUGUUCGUGCGCGAGCCCACGGGCCGGCUGCCCGCGCUGGUGCGCUGGUGGAACGGCAUUGGCGCGGUGCUGGACUUCACGCGCCCAGAGGCCCGAGACUGGUUCCAGGGACAGCUACGGCGCCUGCGCUCACGCUACAACGUGGCCUCCUUUAAGUUCGACGCUGGUGAGGUCAGCUACCUGCCCCGGGACUUCAGCACCUACAGGCCUCUGUCCGACCCCAGUGUGUGGAGCCGGCGUUACACCGAGAUGGCGCUGCCCUUCUUCUCGCUGGCCGAGGUCCGUGUCGGGUACCAGUCACAGAACAUCUCCUGCUUCUUCCGCCUGGUGGACCGCGACUCGGUAUGGGGCUACGAUCUGGGACUGCGCUCUCUCAUCCCUGCUGUGCUCACGGUCAGUAUGCUGGGCUAUCCGUUCAUCCUGCCCGAUAUGGUGGGUGGCAACGCGGUGCCAGAGCGCACAGUCGGCCGCCAAGAUGGGCCGGGGCCGGAGCGCGAGCUCUACGUGCGCUGGCUGGAGGUUGCGGCCUUCAUGCCUGCCAUGCAGUUUUCAAUCCCGCCCUGGCAGUACGACGCAGAAGUGGUAGCCAUCGCACACAAGUUCGCCGCCCUGCGCGCCUCGCUAGUGGCGCCACUGCUGCUUGAGCUCGCUGGUGAGGUCACCGACACUGGCGACCCCAUCGUGCGCCCCCUGUGGUGGAUCGCACCGGGGGAUGAAACGGCUCACCGCAUCGACUCGCAGUUCCUCAUCGGGGAUACGCUGCUGGUGGCGCCGGUGCUGGAGCCUGGUAAGCAGGAGCGCGAUGUCUAUUUGCCUGCCGGCAAGUGGCGCAGCUACAAGGGUGAACUUUUUGACAAGACGCCGGUCCUGCUCACGGACUACCCUGUCGACCUGGAUGAGGUCGCCUAUUUCACCUGGGCGUCCUGACCCACUUUUAGACCUAGGAAUCCGACAGUCCUAACCCCAGCCUUCAUGCAGAGUUUUAAUCCUUUAUCACACCCUCAGGAAGUCCCCUCCUCUGUAUCGCCUAGGAAACGGGAACUGACUAAAAAGUGCUCCAGCCAACGGCUGUAGGUGAAACCUGGAAGGGAAGUACGGAUACCACCUCCUGGCCCCGAGCACAGUCCUAACAGUGCCCCACCCUCACCCCCAUCCCGGACAUUCUCCCCAGUCUUCACAAACCUCUUCCCUGGGUUGGAGGGCCGGGAACUCAGGACAAGUCUGUUCUUUCUGUUAUACAGGGUCUGAUUUUUAAAAGCACACAGAGACAUCUCUUCUCCCCCGGCCUUUGUAGCCAUCUUUGUCCUCUAAGGUGAGGAACCGAUUCUCCAAAAGUUCCCAAACAGUUUUCUACCAUGUUAUUUAGUCCCAGCACUUAGGAGGCAGAGGCAGGCGGAUCUCUGAGUUCAAGGCCAUUCUGGCCUACAGAGUGAGUUCCAGGACAGCCAGGGCUACACAGAGAAACCCUGUCUUGAGAAAAAAGAAAGGAAGGAAGGAAGAAAGAAAGAAAGAAAGAAAGAAAGAAAGAAAGAAGGAAAGAAAGAAAGAAGGAAAGAAAGAAAGAGUACCCUUGGUGACAGCAGCUAGGCCCUCAGGUUCCCAGCACACCUGAACAGUAAUUGACCUGAUCCUAUUCCAUCUGGGGAAGAAAAGAUCCAGAUGUUUGGUUUGGCCAGCUGACAAGGGAGCAAAAGCUCUUCCCAGGCAGUAGGAGAGCUGGGCUCAGCCUGGACUAAUUGUCUGUGAGGAGACUCCUAACACUGCACUAACGUAUCGGUGUGUACACCAGAUUCAACCUUGGACCCAGUCCUGGGCCACAAGUGCCUAGUGGGCAGACUUGCAGGGCCAUGCAGGCUGGACUCUGCCUUAAUUCAAGAACCUGUGUCAGUGUGUGUAUGUGUGUGUGUGUGUGUGUGUGUGUGUGUGUGUACAUACUUGUAUCUGAGAGAGAGAGGAGAGAGGAGAGGAGAGAGAGAGAGAGAGAGAGAGGUGCCCGCCAUGGUCUCUGAAUCCACAGAAUGAACAGACUAUCCCUGAGGCUGGACUAGCCUAGAGGAGGCAGAUGCAGGAGCAAACUCAAGGCUUCGGCUGUUGAGCUAGUCCUUCCCAGGUGCUUUUCCCAGGAGGUUGGCAGCACCAGGGUAAGAGUUCAAAACCGCCGGGCAGUGGUGGCGCACUCCUUUAAUCCCAGCAGCAGGGAGGCAGAGGCAGGACGAUCUCUGUGAGUUCGAGACCAGCCUGAUCUACAAAAGCUAGUUCCAGGACAGCCUCCAAAGCCACAGAGAAACCCUGUCUCAAAAAACCAAAACAACAACAACAAAAAAGUUCAAAACCCUAGAGCUGGACCGAGGAGGAAUUUCCUUCCUGGCAAGCCUGACAACCUGAGUUUUAUCCCAAGGUCAUAUUGUAAGAGGAGAGCACUGUAGCCCUUUAAGAUUACUUAGCACACAUGCUCAAGUGUGACCUAAAAGGGAACCAUAUUCUCAUCCCAGCAGUGAUGUGUUUGGCACAUGAGUGACAUUACACACUGAUACCUGCCAACACAUGUGUCCGAGGAGGCCUUUCAUCUCAGGAAUUCUCCUGUUGGCUUUUUUUUUUUUUUUUUUGGUUUUUUGUUUUUUGAUUUUUGGGUUUUUUUUUUUUUUUGGUUUUUACCAGACAGGGUUUCUCUGUAUUGUUUUGGAGGCUAUCGGUCCAGCCUGGCCUUGAACUCACAGAGAUCCGCCUGCCUCUGCCUCCCGAGUGCUGGGAUUAAAGGUGUGCGCCACCAACGCCCGGCGGAAUUCUGUUGUGAUCAGCUCCAGCCAGGGUGAGUUUUUCCUGACUCAGACUAUGGCUGGUGGAGCGGCUUGCCAGAGACGUGGGCGAGGUAGAGCUCAGUUUCCCUCAGUGACUCUCACAACAAACCCUUCACUCUCUCUGGGUGAAAAGCGCCAAGCUGCAGGGUUGCCACAGAUGCCAGUCUACAGUGCCAAUUCUUUUGCUGGCAGUGUUGAAGAUAGAACCCAGGGCCCCAAGCAUACUAAGCAAGCACUCCUCCCGUGAGCUAUAUCCUCAGUCUUCAUUUGUCAAUCAUCUGGGUAACCUUGAGUAAGCCGCUUAACCCCACUGAGCCUCAGUUUUUUUUUCUAUGUAAAAGUGAUGAUGCCUACCUCCAAGGUAAUUUUAAUAAUGAGCACAGAUAUAUGGAAAGUACCUGGCACAAAGUAGGUGCUCAAUAAAAGAUAGCUGUUGUA